ACGACAAACAAUGGACCGCAUCAAACAAACACUAGCUGUGAGCAUCCUGGUUGUUUCCUGUCUAACCCUAGCCUUUGGAGCGAGCAUUAAGGAGACCACACAGAGAAGUCCGGUCACCAUGGCAACUCCUAAACAGGACCAUGCCCUUGAUCACGUAGACUUAAUGGACUCUCUGCAGGGUUACAGGAUCAAUGGUGUCACGCCCUACACAUGCGCUCAGAUUGGAGGGAUGUUUAUUUUGUAUAACUGCAUAAUCAUCACACCCGCCUCAGAUAUGAAGCCAACCGGACCCAGAAAUAAUCCCUUAGGUGGUUAACUAGGUCAGAUAGAGGUAGCGGGCAGCGGACAAUGGCAAUGGACACAUGGCAACACUUACACUUGUACAUUGAUUUCUCAAAUUAAAAUACCUGUACAUUGAUUUCGCAAAUUAAAAUAUGCAUCA